UCCAACACAGCAGUGCUGAUUUCCAGAGCCAUUUCCCCUUUCCCUUCCUAUCUUCGACAUUAAAUCAUUCAUUCUUUCACCAUUUCGCGAAUCAUUCAUACCGGGAAUCAUCUUGAAUCUCCACACACCUUUUUCUGCACCUCAACAACGCACAAUCGGAAGAAUAGAGAGGGAUGGGCGUUGAUUACUACAAGAUACUGCAGGUCGACAAAAAUGCCAAAGAUGAUGACUUGAAGAAAGCUUACAGAAAGCUCGCUAUGAAGUGGCAUCCCGACAAGAAUCCCAACAACAAGAAGGAUGCUGAGGCCAAAUUCAAACAGAUUUCCGAAGCCUAUGAUGUUCUAAGUGAUCCUCAAAAGAGGGCUGUAUAUGAUCAGUACGGCGAAGAAGGUCUCAAGGGCCAAGUCCCGCCGCCGGAUGCUGGUGCCGCCGGUGGUGGCGCAUCGUUCUUCCAAUCAGGAGACGGACCAAACAUGUUCAGAUUCAAUCCAAGAAAUGCCGAUGAUAUAUUCGCGGAGUUCUUCGGGUUUUCAGGCGGCAGUGGAAUGAGGGGCGGGCCUCGAGGGUUCGGUGGUUCUAUGUUCGGUGAGGACAUGUUCAGCUCAUUCGGUGGUGGAGACGGCCGCCCAAUGAGUUCUGCUCCCAGAAAGGCGCCCCCAAUCGAGAAGAAGCUGCCUUGUAGCUUGGAAGACCUCUACAAGGGUGCUACAAAAAGGAUGAAAAUCUCCAGAGAGAUAUCCGAUGCCACUGGGAAGACAUUGCCAGUGGAGGAGAUUCUGACCAUUGACAUAAAACCCGGCUGGAAGAAGGGAACGAAGAUCACUUUCCCGGAGAAAGGGAACGAGCAACCGAAUGUGAUUCCUUCGGAUUUAGUGUUCAUUAUCGAUGAGAAGCCCCACAGUGUUUUCACGCGAGAUGGUAAUGAUCUAAUUGUAACGCAGAAGAUACCGCUGGCUGAAGCAUUGACAGGAUACACACUUCACCUCACCACCUUGGAUGGAAGAAACUUGACAGUUCCUAUAAACACAGUCAUCCAUCCCACCUAUGAAGAGGUGAUUCCAAGAGAAGGGAUGCCUUUGCCUAAAGAUCCCACCAAAAGGGGCAAUCUAAGGAUCAAAUUCAACAUUAAGUUUCCAACUAGGUUGACGCCUGAGCAAAAAUCCGGAAUCAAGAAUCUACUCUCUGCUUGAUUCAUUUCUCUUUUUUACUGUGUGUUUGCUGACGGCUGGUGUUUUCAAGGAUAUAUACAUUUUAGCUGCUAGUGAAAAACAAUGUUUAUUAUUAAUACAUUUGCAUCAUAUUGUAUUCA